AAGUGUUUGCCUGGAAUGCCGUUGUGGGAAGAAGCGUGUUGUGUUUGCUGUAGUGUUAGUGCUUGAUGAUUUUUGUCGACUAUGUCUUCGGUUUUAAUAAAUGCCCUUUUAUCUAACUGCCCCGAUCCAGAAACUGUCCUGUCUAAGUUAUAUUUUACAACCGACGUGUGGCCGGAGAUCGAGAGAGUUGAAGCUUUAACCACGUUGAUAGACACAGUCGGCAAACUCCCCGGCUAUGGCGAGGAAUCUAAAGGGGACACAGUGAGAGCACGUGCCAGUGCUGCUGCAGCUGCGAAAAGAGAACGUUUUCUUGCAAACGUGCAGAAUGUUAUAUGGAAUCAGUGUUUACCGCUUUUGUACAAACCCCCCGAAGAAAAUAAGUCUUUACAAAGCGAUCAGGCUACUGGACACACCAAAGAGCUGUUCAAUGCCUUGUGUGGGUUACUGGGUGUCUGUGUUGGACUAUGUGACACCGAAGUAUCGGGUAGAUUGGUCAGUAUUAUUUUGCCAGUUUUGGACGUACCCGAAGGCACCCUGGAAGGCAAAGACCUCCUGAGUGUUGACGUUGCCGUCGAGGUCUUAGCUGUCGUUCUGCCUGCCGUUUCGUCCGAUAGACAGCUGACCGCGAGAAUCCUCUCGUCCGCCCUCAGCUGCAUCAGGACGCGAUCGGACGCGCAGGUUUCAAAAGCCGUGGUCCGCGUAUUAUUUACCGUCCUGGAUAGCUGCGGCGACGGCGCGAGGAGGGCUGACGUGCUCGCGCAAAUCUGGUCUGAGCUGCGCGACCGGUACGCGGGUGACGGUUCGGCGACGGUGACGGGUCGCGUCUUGCUGUGUCUGACGGCGCUCUCCGACUACUUGUUCCCAUCAGACAAACCGUCCCGUCAGACUCUCCCCGCUGUCGAGGCUGACCCUCGCCUUUCAUCUGAGUUCUGGGGGAUUAUUCAAGGCGGCCUGACGCACAGAGACAACCUCACGCGCAAACGGGCUCUGUAUCUGCUGAAGAGAUGCGUGAUGCUGUCAGAGGAGGACGCAGUGGAAUUUUGCUGUGACCCGGCGUCUCCCGACGGUGAGAUUGUGUUUCGAUGGGUCCCAGAGAAGAGCCAGCUACUCCGGGAAUUCUGGGAGGACUACGCUUUGAUUCUGGAGACCCUAGAUGAAAACCAAAUACACUUGGUCCGGCCUGUACUGAACAGGAUCAAUACACUGAUCGAAGCAACUGUGAGUGACACUGAAGACAGUGCCCUGCUACACCCCUCCUGGCUGCAGUGUGUGUACCAGCGCAUGUUCCACAGUGAGAACAAGACCGUGAUGAGGGAGGGAGUGUGCCACCUGCUGGAUAUGCAGUGUAUACGCAGUCCGGCCUUUGCCUUGGCUUUCGCACAGUUCAUUGUUGGUCCUUUCUUGGACAUCUUGGCCGAGAGCUCACUCUUCCACAGGUCAUCGAACCAGAGAAUCGGGGAGCGGCCAGAGUUCGGGACCAAGCUGGAGGCCUUCCUGGUGACCUUCUUCAGUGCACUACCCCAGCAGAGCAGAGGUGGGGUCCUUCUGCAGCUGGUCCAGCGUUUGGGGUCCCAGCACUGGUGCGCUGUCCCCAUCCUCUUCCUCUCCCAGGCCCUGUCCCGGCUGGCCCCCUGCCCCGCCCUGGAUCUGCAGGGCCUCCAUGCCUUCAGGGAGGUUCUGCGCUGUACCAUGAUCACGCACCAGGUUCUGCUCAGGGGUGCAGCCCAGUGCUACCUGCUGGACAGCGCCCUCCACCUGACUGAUGUGACGUCCGUGACGCUGACGGACGUGUUCGGGUUUCUGGCGCACUUCCGGGCGGAGGAGUCGCUGUGCCGGGGGACCCCACUCUGGGAUCAGGUGUGUGACUGGCUGCUGGACUGUGAGGGGAGAUUUAAGUGCGUUCUCAGAGACGGGGAUUCGAACCCAGAACCUGGGUCUGAGCGGUCGGUUCGGGGAUUUGUCCAGAACCAGCUGGAGUCCUUCCUCAGAGUCCCGGCCAGCAUCGAUGUGAGUGCCAGCGUACCGGACCCUCGGGAGGCAGAGUCUUUGGCCCGAGCCAUCCUCCUCUCUGCUGACAUGCAGAGGCGGAGACCCGGGGAGAAUGCCCCCGGUGGCCUGGAGGAGGUACUGCAUCCUCUACUGGACACGCUCACCAGACUGCGCACCAACGUGUACCUUCCCCUGAGCAAGACCGACAAGAGCCUGCAGCUCCUGCUCCAGCUGCUUCAGCUGCGUCAGCUGCCCCGCAGGGGAGGCAGCCGGAGCGCACACACAGCGGACGGCGUCUCGGUCGCCGUGGAAACAGCCGUGUUGGGCGUGGCAGAGCCGGUGCAGGAGUUCCUCCUGCGGAGGUUGAGCGGGGAGCUGUGUGCGCUCUGUGAUGUGGACCGGGCCGCUCUGUAUCUCGCGGUUCUGAGGGAGCUGGUCCGGCUCUACGCUGCGGUCGGAUGGCACCGGUCCAGUCGGCUGGGCGGGCUCGUCCCGGCUUUGGUCCAUAACUGCCUGAGGAGGCUCCAGGAACCGGAGGAGGAGAAUCCUUCAGUGUGCGGGCAGGUGGGGCUCAUCGUGAGCAUGGCGUCUUUAGCACAGCUGUGUGAGCUGGGGGAGGAGCACCGACAGGAGCUGCAUCCCGAAGCCCUCCGAGCGCUGUCCUCGGUCACGGGACACUUCUUCUCCUCCUCUGCCUCGUCCUCCUCUUCCUCUUCUUCCUCGUCGGCCGACCUCAUCCGGACUUUGCUCAAACCUGCGGCUUCCGCCACCAACCAGGAGGGGGGUGCGGAUGAGGGUCCGGACCUGCGGGGGUGGGGGCGCCUGGCGGCCCACUUCGUGCGGGACCAGUGGACCUGUCUGCGCUUCGUCCUGGCCUCUCGGGCCCCGGCCGGGCCCCCGCUGACCGUCCCGGCCCCUGCGAUUCUGGGGGCCGCCAUGGAGGCGCUGGCCAUCCUGCCCAGCGACCUGGUUCUGCCGGUUCUGGACUGCAUGACCGCCCUGCUGCCCCAGGUGGCGCUGUCUGCGGAGGCUUUGACUGUGGAGGCAGUGACCCUGGCCUGGAAGGUGGUGCAGGGCCUGAGCAGUAACCCCCAUGAUUUCUGGCCUGUUCUGGAGGGGUUUGUGCGGUUCGCCUUUGACCGCAGUCUGCUGGAGCUAACGGACGCCCAGGCCCCCAGCCUCUCUGCCACUGUGCGACAGAUCGCCUCGGAGCUGGUGGAGCUGUCCGAGGUGAAGACGGGCGUGUUCAACGUGCUCAUCCGGCACUGCUGCCUCACCUGGUUGCCCUCUGACCCCGGAAGUGAAAGCCAGGCUGACGCCUGCUUCUCCAGUGCUCUCGAACACGUGGACAUCCUGGCUAAAGCCUGUGUGCACGGGCCUGUGUUCAGGAGGGAUCAGAGGCUGAUCCAGGAAGUGCAGACUUACGUGGAGCAACUGGGAGAGGAAUGUGCAGCUAACACGGCGGUGACCAGUGACAGCAGGGAUGAGCAGUUUCCCCGGGUGUGUGCGCUGGAGUUCCUCAGCAGGCUGGACGGAUCCUGUGCUCUGCAUGCGAGACUGCUGGAGGAGCUGGUUCUGCUGCUGCUGAGAAAGGAUCUGGACAUAUCGAAGUCGAAAGUGCGUUACUAUAGCAACUCCCUUCAGCAUCGAGUGAAGAACAGGGUGUGGCAGACACUGCUGGUUCUGCUGCCCAAACUGAGAGAGGGGUUUGUGGAGACGCUGCUGGGCCGGGUGUACGAGGCAGGCUUCUGCAGUAACCAGGCCUCGGUGAAGUACCUGAUGGAGUGGGUGAUGGUGCUGGUCCUCUGCAGACACCCGGCUCUGAUCGACAGCCUCUGGGCCUGUUUCAGCAUGGACCAGGAGAAGACCAAGACCAGUGUCUGCACCUUCCUGUCUGUGCUGGUGCACUUGGACAUCAUUCUGCCCGGGGCUCAAGACGAGGCACAGCAGUGGCAGAGGGCGGUGGACGUGGCCCUGCGGUGGUCCUUCAGCCAUAACUUCAGCGUGCGUCUCUACGCUCUGCUGGCCCUGAAGCGCGUGUGGGGCCUGGAGGGGCCCCGGGCCCUGGCUGAGGACCAGGCGGGGGGCCCCGGGGGGCUGAGGGGCCUGGGGGCCGUGGUCCAGGCCUGUCUGCAGCAGGCCGAAACCAUGCAGUGCACGGGGAACGCGAUGAAGAACUGGACCAGGAUUCAGGAGCAUUUCUUCUUUGGAGCCUUUCACCCACUGAGGGACUACAGCAUGGAGACCAUAUUCCACACUUUUCCCAGCUUGUCCGAGCUCGCGGACGACGAAUGGAUUCCUCCCUGGAAGUUUGAGCGGCUGGUGGAUUUUUCCCAGAGUUCCGUGCUCCCGUUGCGGAAUCCCAACCAGGACCUGAGCCAGCUGCAGCCUGGGGAUUGGGUCCAGCAGGACAAAGAGGGGGAGAAGGAGGAGCGCUGGGCGGAGGUGCAGAAGAAGAUGACCCCCUGGAGGCUGGGGGUACAGGACCAGGACCCCGAGCUGCAGCCGGUGCCCCAGCAGAGGGCCGCACGCCUGGGCAAGCUCCACAGCGCCCUCCUGGUGGUGGCAUCCCUCAUCGACAAGCCCACCAACCUGGGAGGGCUGUGUCGGACCUGCGAGAUCUUCGGGGCGAGCGCUCUUGUGAUGGACGGCCUUCAUCACCUCAAAGACAAGAACUUCCAGGCGCUGAGCGUGUCGGCCGAACUCUGGCUCCCCCUGCUGGAGGUGAAGCCAGGUGAGCUGUCGGACUUCCUGCAGGUGAAGAAGAGGGAGGGCUACUGCAUUGUGGGAGUGGAGCAGACGGCCAACAGCCAGAGCCUGCCGGACUACCGCUUCCCCGAGAAGAGCCUACUGCUGCUGGGGAACGAGCGCGAGGGGAUCCCGGCCAACCUGCUGCAGCUCCUGGACGUGUGUGUGGAGAUCCCCCAGCAGGGCAUCACGCGCUCCCUCAAUGUGCACGUGAGCGCCGCCCUGCUGGUGUGGGAGUACACGCGCCAGCACCUGAUCCCGGGAACUCAGCCCACAGUGACCUCUAACUUCUGACCCUUAACCCCUGGAACUCAGCCCACAGUGACCUCUGACUCCUGACCCCUGGAGCUCAGCCCACAGUGACCUCUGACUCCUGACCCCUGGAGCUCAGCCCACAGUGACCUCUGACUCCUGACCCCUGGAGCUCAGCCCACAGUGACCUCUGACUUCUGACCCUGGAACUCAGCCCACAGUGACCUCUGACCCCUGGAACUCAGCCCACAGUGACCUCUGACCCCUGACCCCUGGAGCUCAGCCCACAGUGACCUCUGACUUCUGACCCUUGACCCCUGGAACUCAGCUCGCAGUGACCUCUGACUCCUGACCCCUGACACUCUGGUGCCUGCACAGUUUACUGUUACAUCUGACCCUUCGUAGGCUGUUCCCCUGCCUCGUCUCUCUGAUGUUUUUUUUACCAGUGUCGUUGCUUCCACUGACAUACUUUUUGCUGCAUUGAUGGAGUUGGAAGUGUGGGGCCUUGUUUCUGAUGUUUACAUUUUUGGUCCUUUUGGUGCUGCAAAGAUGCAAAGACUACCCCCCCCCCCCCCCUUUCUCCCCACCGUAGUACUCUCUGCUCCUCAUUACAGAGAAACGGUAAUGACUGCCGAACAGUGGUGUAAUAUCCCUGCAAUUCUAUCACGAUUCUCCCUAGGAGAAUAAAGGAUAAACCUUGUUUUUGCAGCAUUUCGACUCCAAAUGUGAAACACAGCCCCAGGCCUUAGUCAAGAGAAUUUAAAACGAAUAAAUAGAUUUUGUAAAAAAAUGUACUAUUAUGGUUAUAUUGAUUUUUUUUUUUUGGUGUGUCUGUUUACAAUUGUCUGUGUGUGUGUGCAUACCGUCGUGAGGAGUUUCCCAGAGAUAUGAGCAUGCAAAUACAAAAGGCUUGGAAAACCACAAGGAGCAAGUUUUCCGAUAACACUAACGAUUUACCGCAUUCUGUUAAAUUCUGCGAGAAGGUUAUUACAGAGUUUAUGUUCUGGGCCCUUUGAACAAAUGGAGGAGGAGAGAGAACGGAAUGACUGGAGGGAAAUUACUGGGGUAAUUACUGCUUUCGAGUGGAUGAGAAUACUCCCCAUUUACAAUGAUGGUUUUUCUCAAAUGUAUUUAUUUCUUUUCUGUACACGACGGCGGGUGAGGGGAAGACGAACGGUUAAUGUUUAAAUAUGAACCGUGAACAUCUCAAUACAUAAAAUAUAUAUUUGAAUAAAAAAAUCAUAGACAUUAA